CACCACGUAUAGCUCUACAUUCUAGUGUUGCCUGGAUUUAAUUUUGUAAUGGUCUAAAAGUUUCUAGAACUACUGAUCAUCUUGCAACAAAUAAGUCAUAGGCUACACCACCAUACAAUAGUUAGGCCUAUAUGACUUUAGUGCGAUAUGUAGUGCAAAGGAGAGUUAAUGUAGAGUCGUUACGUGUUAGUGUUACCAAAGCUGCAAAGCAGACAUGUAUAUUAUAAAGUUUAUGGAACGGUUAUUUUUUUAAAGUAGCCUAUGCAAUUGGCCUACAUUGAAGAUGCUAGGAAAUUGAGUAGCCUAUGCUAUUGCCCAGCUGAUCGCAAAAACAGAGUUUCAAAGGUACAGCUAUCGUGACGUCACUUAUCCGCGGCAGAGUGAGAGAGCCGCGACGAUCCGCUGCGGAGGAUACCGACCCCGAAGCGGGGACGGGACAACCGCCAGGCGAGAUGGCCCCUAUCCCUUUCUUCCUUGCAUCCCGCAUCGCAACGACCCCUUUGCACGCAUGAAGCCCCCGUUGAUGAAGCCAAAACCGGCCAAAGCAAGGCAGAAAAAGGCCACUGAGAGAAAGAAUGUACUGGCGCGUCGGGUUCGCCUGGACGCGAUCGUUUGUGGUUGAUCUUGGACGGAACCAGAGCUUCUCCUUCGGCUUGUGCGGCUCCAAUGAGCAGCUCUCGUUGUAUGGGUACAUCAUCGCCUACCCUCUGCAGGACUACGGCGGGAUCAUGCCGCUCCUUGGGUCAGACUCGUGGUGGCGGAAAACGCUCUAUCUGACCGGGGGCGCUCUGCUUGCCGCCGCUGCCUAUCUACUGCACGAGCUGCUCGCCAUCAGGAAAGAACAGGAGCUGAACUCUAAAGAUACCAUCAUCCUCCACCAGUUCUCCAGGCCAAAGUGUGGUGUCCCAUCUCUCUCCCCCUUCUGCCUCAAGAUAGAGACCUACCUGCGCAUGGUGGACCUGCCCUACCAGAACUACUUUGAUGGGAAGCUGUCUCCCCAGGGGAAGAUGCCAUGGAUAGAGUACAACCAGGAGCAGGUGUCUGGUACAGAGUUUAUCAUCGACUUCCUGGAGGAGAAGCUGGGCGUGAGCCUCAACAAGAACCUCAGUCCCCCGGAGAAGGCUGUGUCCCAGGCUGUCACCAAGAUGGUGGAGGAACACUUCUACUGGACCAUAGCGUACUGUCAGUGGGUGGACAACCUGGAGGAGACCCAGAAGAUGCUGGCAGUGAGUGGGCCACUGAGUGACCUACUCAAGUGGAUCCUGAGUCGCCUGACUGGCAGCAUCGUGAAGAGGGAGAUGUACGGUCACGGGAUUGGACGAUUCACCAGGGAGGAGGUCUACGCUCUAAUGGAGAAGGACAUGCGGACGCUGGCCACCCUACUUGGUGAUAAGAAGUACCUGAUGGGUCCUAAGCUGUCUAUGGUGGAUGCCACUGUGUUCAGCCAUCUAGCCCCUGCCAUGUGGACCCUGCCGGGCACAAGGCCAGAGCAACUCAUCAAAGGCGAGCUGAUUAACCUGGCCAUUUACUGUGAGAGGAUCCGCCGGCGCUUCUGGCCCGAGUGGUUCGUUGAUCUGGAGGAUUUCUGUUACGAUGACACCACAGAGGACGACGACUCCCCGUCCAAACUCCAGGACCUGGGGCUCUACUCCCGUACAGACACCUUCCAGGACGAGGCCAGCCCUCCUCACACACACACAAUCUCACCAGGCAGUGACCUCACGGGCCACUCGCUCUGCGACUCGGACAUGGACACAGAGUGCUCUGAGAUGGAGCAGCUCAAGUGUUGACUGCCCUAUGUCACACACAAGACACACACACACCGCCUGGAUGGGUCUCGUGCCCCCCCCCUCCCCCCAAACACAACGCCCUGUACCUGUUGAGCAGGGAAUAAUUACUGGGGUGCAUUUCUGUUGCCAGAGGCUGUUGUUUGUGUUAAUGAGUGAUGGAUUCAGAGAUUCUACACACACAAUGGACUGCAGGAAAUGAAAGCCUGAAUAUAGAUAAAGGAAUAGAGAUAGAGAAGUGGAGAAAAAAAACUGAGUAAAAUAGGAAUAGAGAGAAAAACAGCCAAAGAGUGAUAGAAAGAGGUAAAGAUAAACCGAUGGAGAAAAGCGUUGAGAAAAAAGAAAGAUCAGGAGUUAAUGACGCCAUCGCUGAGAAACUCCUCUACCUGGGUGACAUCAACGCCUGUUGCCCAGUUUUGCAUUGUCGAGUUGUUGUUACCACGGCAACAACGUGGUGUGUGUUACCUGUGUCCCCCAAUUUGAGAUGCAUUGUGUGUUUGACGUACUGACCCCGUGACUUAUUAUAUUGAUAUGUCAGACACUGUUCAGACAAGAUGCAGAUGAGUGCAGUUCCAUAUAAAUAUGUCAUCAGAUCCCAAAUCUGAUUUAAUAUGAGUAUAUAUAGUAUAGAUAGCCUGCUAAUUACAUAUAUGAUCCCAAUGUCAUAUAAUGCAAAUAUGUGGUUCUCCCAUACAACAUCUCAGUGCUUGUUAAAUAUGACCAAACUACCUGGUGACCCCCAACUGACACUUUUCAUCUGCAGUCAGGCCAUUGAAUAUUUCCUCAAUCCUUUUUGGAAUUGUCUGAUGUUAUGCAGGAGUUGCAGAUACUGUAGAUUGGGGACAUCUCAAAAGUCUAAAGUGGCUUCCUUUCCUCAUCUCCUCUCUAUAAUCUGCACAGAUCUGAAAACAUUGGAUAGGUGAAAGCAAUAUGGUGGAUGCCUAUUUGUCCAAUUCUUCUUCCACUUGUCCAAUUCUUCUUACACUUGUCCAAUUCUUUCAUAGCAGAUGAAGAAAAGAAGAGGAGGAGAGGGAACUACUGGAGAUCCUUAGUUGUGUGUACUUUUAGCCAUUGAGGGUGGAUGAAACAAUCAUGUAGAAAUAGACUAGAUAGACAUGGAGUUGCAUGGCUGAUAGGUGCCAAUGAAAAUCACACUUUAUCCUGCUGGUUAUCUGUUAUCUACGUUUCUACGCUGGCCUGUCUUAAUGUUUACUGUGAUGCAGUGUGUCUGUGCAUAUGUGUGUACCUCAGGCCAGAGAAAGAGCACAAAUAUGCAGAAGAUGAAAAGAACACUAAGGCUUUUGCUCAGCAUCUCAGUUUUCAUCACAUAUAGCUGGUCUGUCCACCCCCCUUUAAGAAUGAAUCUUAUCUAGAAAUAGAAGGAAGAGAAUGGUCAUUGUUGCUUUAAGCAUCAAUUCACUCUGUGCUAAGUAUGAAACCACUACUAUAAUCCGCAGUUUUGGUUGCUAGUCUUACUUAAUAGUAGGCUGUGUGAAACAGUGAAACAGUCUAUUCUAAUUAGCCUAUUUCUGGUGUGUGCGUGUGCGUGUGUGUGUGUGUGUGGGGCGUAGAGUCAUCGUACGUCAUGUGUUGAUUUCGAGGCAUACAACGUACAGGCAUUCAGGCUGGGUGUUCACAGCUGAGCGUGCACAGUAGUGUACAUAUAUAGAUACAGAUACAGAUAAAGAUACACAUAGUUACACAUAUAGACAAAGACACAGAUACAGACAGAGAUACAGAUAUAGACACAGUUACAGAUACGGACACAGAUACAGAUACGGACACAGAUACAGACAAAGAUACAGAUAUAGACACAAUUACAGAUACGGACACAUAUAGAUAUAGACACAGUUACAGAUAUAGACACAGAUACAGAUACGUACACAGAUACAGAUAUAGACACAGUUACAGAUACGUACACAGAUACAGAUAUAGACACAGUUACAGAUAUAGACAAAGACACAGAUACAUAUAUAGACAAAGACACAGAUACAUAUAUAGACAAAGACACAGAUACAUAUAUAGACAAAGACACAGAUUAAAGAUAUAGACACAGAUACAGAUACAACCACAAACACAGACACAGAUACUGAUACAAAUAUAGACACAGAUACGGACACAGAUACAUAUAUAGACAAAGACACAGAUACAGAUACGGACACAGAUUAAAGAUAUAGAUACAGAUACUGAUAGAUACUGAUACAGCCACAGUUACAUAUAGAUACAGUAACAAACACAGAUACAUGUACAUAUACAGAUACUGAUAGAUACAUAUACAGCCACAGUUACAGAUAGAUACAGUAACAAACACAGAUACAUGUACAUAUACAGAUACUGAUAGAUACAUAUACAGCCACAGUUACAGAUAGAUACAGUAACAAACACAGAUACAUGUACAUAUACAGAUACUGAUAGAUACAUAUACAGCCACAGUUACAGAUAGAUACAGUAACAAACACAGAUACAUGUACAUACACAGAUAUUGAUAGAUACACAUGGCCACAUUAGACGUUACAGGGAUCUCAACUUGGCAAGGCUCUCAACUUGUCUAAUGGCAGCAGAGAAUAGUCGUGAAGUAGUGUGGCUAGAUCGGGUUCUCUAAGGAGGGAGGAGCGGUUAGUAAUGCAAAGAUGACAAUACUGAUUGUAAUGGUAACGAUGGUGAUGCUGAUGAUGAUUAAGAUCCUCUACAAACCUUAUUGCAACUUUAAUUCUCCUGCACAAUGAAAGUGUCGCCACAUCUGAGUACAAAACAGAGUCCGCCUCCAUAUGGGGUACCAUGGUGUGAAUUUACACAGUGAUACACAAGCCUUUGUGUAUAGAUGAUGUAUACCAGUCUGUCACUGUCUGUGUCACUCCCUAUAGCCUGUCUGCAUGUUUCUUGCCUUCACUUAUAAGAGCCAGGGGAGAGACACAGCCUUGGUGUUGGCCGCUUAAGCCAGUGCCAACAUAUUAUUUAUGUAUUUAUAUGUAGUCUAUUUAUUUUCUAUUUAUUUGUUUUCUAUUUGUUUUGUGUAUUUAUGGAGGGGAGGGGAUGUUAUGAGGCAUUAUUUUUGCACUAAUGUAAUGUAGCUAUUUAUUUUCUUAUAUAUUUUUGUACGUUUGUUCUAAUACUGCCAAUUAGGUUUUUUGUUUUUUGUCCUUUGUUCAGAUUCUCUCCUAUUUGAACACGGUAAUGAGUUGUGUGUCGUUGUACGUCUAUGUUGUGUGCAGUUGUCUUAUUCUACUGGAACUGGGUUGCCAUUGGUUUGUCAAAACUAUGAUGUAAUCUCAAUUUCAUUUCAACCGUGGAAUCGUGACAUGUUAAAAUAAUGUUUGAUGAUUAUGAUUUGUUCCAGUAGACGUGUCAAACCCCUACUACCAAUGGGCAUGCUUAAUGAUGUCCCUUAUCUAGUACACAUCUAUUCUCAAAACAAACCAAAAAAUGAUUGUGUCAUCCUCAUCCUACCAUACCUCAUCGCUUAGCUUUGUGCCAAGUGGAACGUUACCAUUGACAUAGGCUUUCCAGGGUCCUCUUUAGGAUACUAGAUAGAAGUUGCCCAUGGUCACAUAUCUUGGAUCAGCUGUCCCUUCUCUAAUCUAUACCUUAACCAUGAGGGCCAUGCAAAACUGACCUUAGAUCAGUGUCUAUGGCCAACUUUGUUCCACUCCGUUACAGAUAGCAAAGGUCAGGGGUCAGAGUUCAGUCCUAUUGUUUCACUUCCUUGUUGAGAUCUGUGCUAUUAGACUACUAGAGCGAUGUUACAUAGUCAGUCUGUAUUGUGUGUGCUGAAAAAUGUGUGGACUCUCAUAGUGUAUACUGGAUAUAGGUGAGAAAAAAAGAAAAUGUGUAUAUGAGCUAAAAGAAAAACUCUGUAACAUAAUAGAUAAGAACUUCCUAUGAAUGUAUUACCACUAGAGAUGAGUGGCUGUAUGAAAAAUAAUUACUCAUAAUAUUUCAUUAAAUAUAGCUGUGUUCAUUUUA